AUGUUGAAGUCGGCUCAUUUGGAGGAAAUCCAAAGACAAAUUCAUUCAUGGCAAACUCUCGGAUCCAUCGACCUCGAAAACUAUAAAGAAACAGGCUCCUCGUACUUGAUUCCCCGGCCAAAAUCUUUGGAAAUUCAGGAAAACUCUUGCCAUCCUAUCAUGCUACACAAACUCUUUGGUGCCCGGACACGGACACCGAAGCCUCCUCAUGGAUGCCAUAUUCCAUCCAAGCUUGCCCCCAACAAGGUCGAGGAGGGAUCCUCCUCGGUCUUGAAGAUCAUUCAUGCUGGGGGUAAUGCUGAGUGUUAUUACAUGGCUGUCCCCGCAGUCAGGAUUAUUGAAAAGUAUCCGUCCUACAUAUUAGCCAGGCCUGAAAUUUUUCGUAGGCCAUGGGAUUCAGUUGUCCGCCCGGAAGAGAUCCUCAUUCCGGGCCAAAAAUUCUUCAUCGUUCCUCGUGGAACGGUGAAGAAGCUCAGGCAAAGAAUUCGAAAACCAAGUGGAAAAUUUUUUGGCAAUUCUUUUGAGUCAAAAGCUUCAACGGAUGUCUCGGUUGAGAUUGUUUCUCAUCAAGAUGAUCUUUCUAGCAGCAAGUCAUUCAAAUCCAGCAUCAAUAUCAGUACCAAAUCCAAUGUGAAAAUUAAAAUUCGGACUCGUCGUGUUCACUUCUUUGGUAUUGAUAGUAAGAUGGAUAAAGAUUCAGUUUCCUUAGAGAAGGAAAAUUCCGAGGAUGAUCAAGAGAAGACCUCUCGUUCUCUUCCUGAUACAAGAAAGAGGAGGGUGAGAAAUGCAGUAACAUGGCAGCCAAAGCUUACAGUGAUCAAUGAGACUCAAGGGUCCGAGGAAUGA